GAGGAGAGGAAACAGCCAAGCAGCGCAGUCACAGCCUCCGAGGGAGAGCCCCCAAACAGCACGCUUUUUGCAACAACUUACGAGGACAAUGUUGCCAGCAACCUUCAAGCUGUGUGCUGGCAUCUCCUACAGACACCUGCACAACAUGACAGGCUUGAAGAGACGGGCUGCUGUCGCAAUAGCCCAGGAGCUGAAUAAAUGUAUGUUUAACAGGCCGGGUCCCAGUAAGUGGAUCAACCAAGUUCGCAGAAGGAGUUCUCUGCUAAGCUCUAGACUGGAGGAGAAGGUUUUUGGUGAAGCAGAGAUGUCCUACAUCAAACAGGGAGAGGAGGCCCUUCAGAAAUCACUUAAAAUUCUUGGUGACCAGGAUGGCUGGAAAACAGAGACCAUGGUGGACAAUGGGGACAAAGUCCUUAGCAAAGUACUCCCGGAUGUUGGGAAAGUCUUUCGGCUAGAGGUGGUGGUGGAUCAACCCAUGGAUUGUGUCUACAGCGAGCUGGUGGAGAAGAUGGAGCAGAUGGGCAACUGGAACCCAAACGUCAAAGAAAUCAAGAUACUUCAGAAAAUCGGCAAAGACACUGUGAUCACCCACGAAACUGCAGCUGCCACCCCUGGCAAUAUAAUUGGCCCUCGAGACUUUGUGAGUGUCCGCUGCUCGAAGAGGCGGGGCUCGACGUGUGUGCUUGCUGGCAUGUCCACAGCCUAUGCAGGAAUGCCUGAACAAAAAGGAGUCAUCAGAGCUGAGAAUGGACCCACAUGUAUGGUUCUUCGACCACUCACAGGAGAUCCCUCCCAGACCAAACUGACCUGGCUUCUGAGCAUUGAUUUAAAGGGAUGGCUGCCCAAGACACUCAUCAACCAGGUCCUCUCCCAAACCCAAGUGGAUUUUGCUAACCACCUGCGCAAGCACCUGAGCCUCACUCCUGCAAUGUCCUGCUGAAGCAAGCCCACCUUCGCGCACAACAGACCACUGCUGCGCCAGUGUAAGGCAAGCAGCCCCCUCCCUGUCUGACCCAGAGGAGAUACAGCCUACUGUUUAGAUGCGUGCACUCUUAGAUUAACGUGUAGAAAUGAACCCAGUGAAAGAUGCAGUUCUCCUAGUUAAGAGUCACUUGGAAAACAGGGCUGAGUCUGUAGCUGAUUUC